CCCACACUUCACCAGCACGCCCUACCUAGCUAGCUGCGCCACUCACUCGCUACUAACAACAGAUCGGAGCAAUGGCCGCCCUUUCCUCUGCAGCAGUGACCGUCCCUUCCUUCUCCCGGGCCGCCGUUGCUCCCCGGAGCUCCAGCAGCAGGAUGGUGGUGCGCGCCUCGUUCAGCAAGGCCUGCGGCGCCGCCGCCGUGGCCGUGGCCGCCAGCGCGAUGCUGUCCGGCGGCGCCAUGGCGCAGGACGUGCUCCUCGGCGCCAACGGCGGCGUGCUGGUGUUCGAGCCCAACGACUUCAGCGUCAAGGCCGGCGAGACCAUCACCUUCAAGAACAACGCCGGGUACCCGCACAACAUUGUGUUCGACGAGGACGCCGUGCCGUCCGGCGUCGACGUCGCCAAGAUCUCCCAGGAGGAAUAUCUCAACGCCCCCGGCGAGACCUUCUCCGUCACCCUCACCGUGCCCGGGACGUACGGCUUCUACUGCGAGCCACACGCCGGAGCCGGCAUGGUCGGCAAGGUCACCGUCAACUAAGCUUAGCUGUCUUGCUCUUGCCACCAAUCAAUUGUACUACGAUCUGUUUUAUGUAUUAUAAGAUCGAUCGAUGAGGCUCUUGUUUAUAA